AUGGCUGCGUCUUCUCGAGCCGUCUUCCACCUCCUCCCGCUCCUCCUCCUCCUCGUUACAUCCGCGUCUGCUGCUCGCCGCCCGCCACCAACCAAAGCGCAGAUCAAGGCGGAGGUGUCGUGGAUGGCGAAGCGGCUGCUGCAGCGGUACCCACAGUACUCCAAGUUCUCAAAGGACUUCAACAAAUACGUCAACCUCGCCAGUCAGUUCUGCUCCCUGCCUCUUCCUCCCUGUUUCGUCCUCCCUGCCUCAUCCUCCCUGCAUCAUUCUCCCUGUCUCAUUCUGCCUAAAUCAACUUCCUUGCUUCCUCUCUUUUCCGUGCUUUCAUUCUGCACUUGUCCCUCCAGAAUGAUGGAUCGUCUUCCUGCUUUCCCUACUUUUCUUACCAUUUUGAACUCCAAGUACAAUUUCUCAGCACUUGCUGACGCCACCCUCCUCAUUCCCAGCAACACAGCGGCAAAGGCGCUUUCCAAGAGGCUUCCUCUCACGUCCAAGAACAUUCCCAAGGCAUACAACGUCACAGCCUAUCACAUCAUCGCGAAACGUUUCAUCCUGCCCAAGAUCAAGGCCAUGCGGGCAGGCCAGCCGCUGCCAACUCAGCUGCGACAGGCUCUCUACAAGCUGACCGGCAGGAAUGGCAGUGUGGUGAUGUUUGGGACGUACCCUAGCACUAGAGCGAGGGGGAUUGUGACGAUCAGGAUGGUGAUUCCCGGCAUGUACGUUGGGCCAUACUUCAUUGCCCAUGGCGUGGACCGCGUGCUGCUGCCUCGAGGCACCCGCGUGUGA